AUGAUAGCUGACGAGAACGAUCCCGUUCUAAGGCUUCGCAUCCACAGCAACACGUACGAUAUCAACAACACCCCCAUCUUCUCCAUCCUCACGAUUCGCGCAUCACGAAAGUUCGGCCCUCAUCUAGACGCCUAUUGUCGACAGCGAAACAAACAGUACGGGGUAGAUUGGGCGUUCAUCUACCGAUAUGCUCUGGGUGGGCCUCGGGAUGCGCAACGCGAACGUUAUAUCAACAUUGACUACGACAUGACUCCAAACGACGUCCAAGACACCGAGCGCCCCGAAAUCAAACUCCGUGACAUGGACACCCUCAUGGUCAUGAAAGCAAAGUCCCACACGGCAGUCAUGUUCGAGAGUAGUCAUGAUGGAAUAGAGAUUCCACAAUCGCCUAUCGGCUCACCAGUCUCUGAAGAACAAGUCGAUAUCAUCAACGGAGAGACUCCGAUCUAUCAGAACGCUGGCACCAUCGCAAACUGGCACAGCCUUGUUGAUACUAAGAUGGUGGAGUUACGUGGUGAGAUUAUCGGCCUCAGUCAGGAAAAUCAGCUUCAGAAGACAGUUAUAGCGCAGCAAACCGAGAUGCUCCAUGAUCUGGUCAAGCGCAACAAUGAUCUGAUACAGGGUAACUAUGGCCGUGUAACUCGCCGUGUUGGACACGUUCUCCCUUCUACUGCUCAAUACACUGCUAGUCUCGGUACCGUCUCUCAACGUGGUCCAGCAGAUCAGCAUAGCCCUUUUCUAGAUCGCCUAGAAGCUGUUCGCCAACCUACCGAGCAUAUCGCAUUGAAGAAAUCAAACGAGCAAUAUUGCUUCCCAACAUCUGCUCAUGGAACGCAAGGUCGUUCUCCUGUGUAUCAUAGUGGCGCACUCAAGACAUCACCAGAUCUCCAGGAAAGCGGUGUACCUAAGAUGCAUCCUGCGCAGUUUGCUGCUCAUGGUUCAACUCCUCUACUCCAAGGCCCCAACGGCGGCGAUGAUGGCUGGAAUAUGGAUAAAGCUGCAUGA